AUGACGAACCUCGAAUUGGAGGGUCCUAUUCCCGCCAAUUCCGACAUCCCUAUCCGGGUCUUUCUUUCAGCUUAUGAGUGGCAUAUCCCUUUGCAGCUUAACCCAGCCAUGGCAGCAGACGUGGCUCCCCAAUUUGGAGCGGAGUUAAAGGAUGCCUUCAAGCCUGUGAACUCUUGGGUAUCGAACGGCAUAUCUUGGCUGGAGGAAAUCCAACAAUUCUACCGGGAGCGCAGCGUGAUUGAAAAAGAAUACGCAUCCAGGUUGACGGCGCUCUGCAAGAAAUACCAAGAUCGCAGAUCGAAGAAGAUCAGUCCAUUGAGUGUCGGCGAUACCCCCACCCUAACACCAGGAUCACUCGAAAGUGCCUCCCUUACAACAUGGGCUACCCAAUUAAAUGCUGUCGAGUCUCAUGCCGCCGAGCGAGAUAAAUUUGGUACAGAGUUGGUCACCCAUGUGGCCGAGCCAUUGAAGCAAGCUGCGGUUCAAUAUGAGGAGAUUCGCAAGUGUCACGUCGAUUUCCAUGCGAAGCUGGAGAAGGAACGCGAUGCAGCAUAUGGGGAGCUCAAGAAGGCCAAGGGUAAAUACGACGGGGUCUGCCAGGAGGUUGAAUCGCGGCGAAAGAAGAUGGAAUCUUCCUUCGACCACGGCAAAACCAAAGCGCAGGGCGCUUAUCAACAACAAAUAAUGGAGAUGAAUAACUACAAGGCAUGUCACCAGCUCCUAUGGCUUCUUACGAUCUUGACUGACAUUCUACAGAACCUUUAUCUUAUCAGCAUCAAUGUAACCAACAAAUUGAAGGAGAAAUUCUUUCACGAAUAUGUUCCCGAGGUUUUGGAUGGUUUGCAAGAUCUCAACGAAACCCGAGUGACAAGAUUGAAUGCAUUAUGGACUGUUGCUGCGCAGCUCGAACAAUCGUCACUCACGAACAGCACGAGCCUUUUCGCUAAUCUUCUGGUUGAGAUCCCUCGAAACAAUCCUAGCCUGGACUCUAUGAUGUUCCUCCAACACAACAUCACGCAGGCACAGGAGCCUACAAAUGUGGGCUUCGAGCCAAGUCCUGUCUGGCACGAUGAUGCGUCGAUCAUCACCGAUGAGGCUGCUAAAGUGUUCUUGCGUAACAUUCUUGGAAAAAGCAAGGAGCAGAUACGCGAGCUACGAGUGGAGGCCGACCGACAGAAACGUGAAGUUACAGCUGGCCAGAAGAUUCGGGAGAAUAUUCAACAAGGCAAGGACAACCGCAAUGAGGUCGAUAUCGUGCGAUCUAUCUUCCGUUUACAGGAGAACUUGCACGAUGUAGAUCGCAAGUGGCUUACUGCCGAGGUCGAAACAUCUACUAUCAUUGCUGUCGCGGGAGACUUGUCUCUAGGAGCCAAGAACCACAAUUUUCGAUCUCAGACGUUCAAGAUACCCACAAACUGCGAUCUUUGCGGAGAUCGUAUAUGGGGUCUCUCAGCCAAGGGCUUUGACUGCCAGGACUGUGGAUAUACUUGUCACAGUAAAUGUCAAAUGAAAGUACCAGCAGAAUGCCCAGGCGAGCAAACAAAGGAGGAGAAGAAGAAGCUUAAAGUGCAACGACAGGAAUUGGCCGGUACUGCGCCACCAGCCAUCGAUCUCGAGUCUUCUGCGGCUUCAACAAACGCCCCAUCACUUACGCGCCAGAACACCAUGACUUCUCUUAGUUCCGAAUAUGCUGCUAGCACAACCCGGUCGCUGAACCAGUCCACUCCCGAACACCCGGGAGAAACACCCCCUCCCGUCAUGGAGAACAAGCCCGUAUCAGCUAAGAGACGUGUUUUGGCUCCACCCCCGACGUCGUAUGCACCGCCUCCCAUGGAAUCUAGCUCACGAUCCAAGUCGAGGGGAAAGAUGCUAUAUGCGUAUCAGGCAACUGGACAUGAUGAGGUUACCGUGCAAGACGGAGAUGAUGUGACCAUCAUCGAGUCAGAUGACGGAUCUGGUUGGUUACGCGUUCGCUUCGGUUCCAACGAAGGUCUCGUCCCAGCCGCCUACGUGGAGGUCGCACCAAUUCCAUCACCGGUACCGUCAGUUAGCCCUGGUCUGCCCGAUCGACCCGGCUCAACCUACUCCAACUCCUCAGCCUCGGUAGCAGGGAGUUUGGCGGCAAAGCGCGUGGGCCCAGCUGUGGCACCCCGCAGAGGCGCCAAGAAGUUGCAGUAUGUAGAAGCCUUGUACGACUACGAAGCUCAAAGCGAUGCGGAAUGGUCAAUGGCAGAGGGUGAUCGAUUUGUGCUGAUCACUAGAGAUACUGGGGAUGGGUGGGCUGAUGUUGAGCGUGGCGGAGUCACGAGAAGUGUUCCUGCAAAUUAUAUUCAAGAGGUAUAG